CGAUAUUAUACACCACAAGUUCGCUUGAAAUUUCUCAUUGGAAUUGUGUAAAAUAAAUAUGAAAGAUAUGAAUUCUAUAAAUAAAAAUAACAUUUCAGAACUAACGAAAUUGGCGAGGAAAUUUAAUUGUUUUUAUUUAUCAGGACUUCAUCAAGGAAUAUGUAAGCCGUUCUUAGUUGCUGGACAUCAAGUCGGACUUGUUCGACCAGAUAUUCUUAAACACCUCCAAAGAUUCCCGGAGGUAUUCAGAAUUACUGGAAAAGUUGUGGAACUUAAUCCUGCGUUCAGAGAUUACCAGGAGAGAACCUCGAAAGUUGCUGGAGUAUUACAAGGUUUACGUAAAGAAAAUGAAUUAUGCGCUCUAAAGGGUUGGCGAGAUGAGUGUUUCGAGGUGAGCACCCUUUUCCAUCAUGAGAGCCUGCUGGAAAUGGACAGAAGUGCAACAUGUCUUUUUGGUAUUAGAAACUAUGGGGUCAGUGUAAAUGGCUACUUGUUUCACCCAGUUAAAGGACUUUGUAUCUGGUUACAGCAGAGGAGCUUUACUAAACAGACCUGGCCAGGAAAAUGGGAUUGUUUUGUUAGUGGUGGAUUAGCAGUGGGCUAUGGAAUUCUUGAAACUUGUGUUAAAGAGGUGGCAGAGGAAGCAUCUGUCAUGGGGGAGUUAGUAAAAAAGUUGGUGCCCGCUGGGUGUGUUAGCUUCUACUUUGAAAGUGAAAGAGGGUUGUUUCCCAAUACAGAAUAUGUGUAUGAUCUUGAGCUUCCAUUGGAUUUUGUCCCAAAAAAUGCAGAUGGUGAAGUAGAAACAUUUGAACUUUUGACUGCAGAAGAAUGUGUGCAAAGAGCUCUUUCCCCUCAUUUUAAGACCACAAGUGCUCCGGUUCUAAUGGACUUCCUUAUAAGAAGGGGAUAUAUUAAUCCUGAGAAUGAACCGAACUACAGAUACAUUGUGGAAUUACUUCAUGUACCACUGCAGACCAUCUACAACUGGCCCCAUUCUGAUAUUUCAUCAAAUGGUGAUGUACAGAGCUUAGAGUGUUAAUCACUUUAUAGCUGUUCACCUAGUUGGAUUUGAUUGUAUUAUUUAAAUUUGUUUGGAAAUUUAUUAGAAUGAAAUAUUUAUUCGUACUUUUAUAUUUACCUCGUCUUAGACAUUUCCAAGGUAUUUUUAUGAAUAAAAUUUUCAUUGAUAAAUGGCCUAAUUUAUAACUAUAAUAUUAGGUGUUACGAUUGUAUUCUUUCGAAUGUAAGGUAAAUAAAGACCAAGUCCUGAUAAUUUCUUAGUCUUGUUGGAAAUUAUUAGAUGCCGCGAUAGUUUAGCUAGGAAUGUUUUAAUUUCUGUGAUACUUUACCAGUGGGGUAUAAGGUAUUUGUAUGUAAUUUUAGUUGGAUUGAUUACCUCUUAGAACUGUUUGCCGAUUAUCAUUUAUAUUUCUUUGAAUAACAAUUAUAAAAGUAAUCCCAGUGAAUAUUUUAUAACCUCAAAAUAAUUUCAUGUGAAUCCAUAAUCUAGUCAUGCUGUUAUGGAUUAACAGGCUGUCUUCGUUUUAGUUAAUUAAGUAUAUUCGGUGUCUACAAUUAAAUUUCUACACAAAAGUGGUGUCCAAUAUUCCAUCAGUCAAUCUAUGUCCGGCUACAUGCUAAAGUAUCACUUCGCGCUUGCUUAUAUCCAUUGCUAUCGUCUUGCUGCUAAAACGUGUGGUUUGUAAGUAGCCUCAGUUUUUGCAGAAACUAUGUUUUGCGAAAUAUUUACGUGUAGCCGAACCAUUAUCGUCUUUUGAAAUAAAUGACUAAAACUAUUUGACAAUCCUGAUCAUCAGUUUAAUGGUUAUAUCGGAAUGAUUGAUUUUAAAGUUUUAGAAAUAUAUAGUAUUACCGUCGUCAUACCAUUUGUAUAACAAAACGAGGGAUUUUAGUUUAAUUAAUUGUAUUGUAUCAUUCAGACAGAAGUUGAUUUAUUGGUUUAUAUUCCACUUUGAUCAUGUCGAUUUGUCUAGUAUAUUUUAUAAUAUAUAGAUAUAGUGCGUGUAGUAUAAUAAUAUUUGAUAUGCUAGUGGUAUCUAAAUAACGUCAACAAUUUUAUACAUUUCUAUGGAGUAAUGUUUUUGGCGAAAGAUUAACGAUAUUAUUAUACCACAAAGAUAAUCUUGAUUUAUUAAUUAAUGUAAUCGUUUAUAUUUACUUCUUAUAGGAAAAUAGAAUUUCCUAAGGGAUGAAAUAAAAU